UGUAUGUGCUUCUAAAAAUAUCGUGCAAACGCCAUGUGGAAUAAGUAAACAUGCGUAGCUUGUAAAAAUGAUUGCACAAAUCUUUAAAACAGAUGGAUGAGGGAAAAAUGUAUGGGUGCAUGAUCCGCUCCAUAUUUUGUAUGUGUAUUCUGUUAUGUUAUAAACAGUGGUUAGUAUUAGGAUACAAACAAGUUGAUACAUCAACCGAUAAAGAAGCUUCCGAUGAACAGAAAGAAUUGCAACAAGCUCUUUUUCUUGUCGAACUUCUCAAGUCAGAAUACGCUCGAGUUCUACGAGAGAAUAAAGAAAUGCAAAGCAACAGAGUAUUAUGGGAAGAGGGUGCCAUGACGUGUGCCACAACUAAAAGAGGAAAAUUUGAGAGAGCGCCUGCAACACCACAAGUUCAGCAUUGGCCGCGUAGAAUUCCGCCAAUUUUCCCUGCUCUCCGGAAAUGGAGACGGCGUUUCCCGCAAAUAAAUUCAAACAUAUAUUAUGAUAUUCCAGCUCGAAAUAUUGAAUACAAUGAAGGAUACGGUAUGUAUACCAACAUUAUAUCAGAGGACAAGGAGAACGCUCGUGGGUGGCGAAGAUUUCAAUAUGAAGACGCGUUUGGACCACAACCAGGGGAGAGCAGCAAUACAUCGCGCACUACUAAAACUACAAUACCAUCGUCUUAUAAAGCAUCAUCGGUCAUAAGUUCAGCACCGACUUCCAUACUCAGCACUGAAAAUGAUAAUAUAUUAACAGUCUCAACUUCCUCACCUGUGGUUUCAACACCAAAGACCACAAUAUCCGAAAUAACGACAUCGGUUACCGCGAACACGACCAAGGAAACCGUAACAACGUCUUUAACAUCUUCAAGCCACACUACUCGAAGAAUCAUGCUGUUAUUAUCUAAAAAAAGUUCUAGCACUACGUCCGAUGUAUCGAAUUCUAAUGAAGGUAACAAGCUACAAUCGAAUGCAGCACAUAUAGUGUCAUCUACGAAAUUUAACGUAUCAAAAAACAUUACACCGCGCGACACAGACCUAGAAGUGUCACAAGCAGCAGCAGAACUCGAGAAAGAACUUGGCUCUAACUUAGGGAACUGGAAAAAAAGAGCCUCGCGAAAAUUACCUCAAAUAUGGCGGGCUACCACAAGAGUACAUUUAGCGGGUAGCACACGCUACCAAAUUCCUUUACCAGAAAACCAUGCUUUUUGUUAUACAAAUCCUGAUAAUGCUUUAUGUCGCACUUUUAUAUAAUAUUUACACACUUAUUUUUAA